UGUAAAAUUUAAACUGCAGAUGUCCCAACUGUACAGUUUCACAAUUUUUACUUCGAGUUCCGAGAGAGUCUAGUUCGCGGUUGAUCAUUGAUAAUUAGUUUAUAUUUUAGAAAUGAGACCCUUUGAUGUUGUCUUAGGCCACAUUUUUUAUUAAAAAAUGCUCCAAGUCGUUUAAAUAAAAGUUCAGUGGUCCGUUAAGUUGAAAGUUUUAUCCAUGAUGAACGGAAUAAAGUUAUUCAAGAAAUUUUUAAUGCCCUGUGGUCUGUGUGCCGCUGUUCCAACCAUGAAACCGAAACCGGAUGAAAAACCAGUUAAUGUAAGCAACGACGAUCAAGCCAAGAACCUCGUACGACCCUCCGAAUUACCGAUUUACACAUUUGAAAAGCCUGCGUCUAGGGAACCUCCAUGUGUCCAAACUGAAGAAGGUGUUUUGGAGCAAAACUUUGGAAUGGUCAGGAAAUCAGUGCAAGAGUUUUUUAAACAGUUUACGGGCUACACAGCUGUUAUAACGAAUACAAUAGAAACUGGCAAAGCACACAGUCAAGUCACACUUGAUUACUUGAGAGAAGAAUCAAAUGUGCUCCCCAGAAUCGGUGCAGUUGGAUUAGGUGGUUUAUCUGGCUUGAUAUUAGCUUUGAGGGGAGGCAAAUUUAAGAAGCUUGUUUAUACCAGCACAGGUGCAUUAGCAGUGGCAUCAAUUUGUUAUCCAAAGCAGGCUCAAGAAGGAGUGAUAAUAGCAAAAUAUUACGUUAAUGUUGGAUAUAACUUUUUUUACGGUGUGAAACCUGGAGGCGAAAGUCAACUUGAAAUAUCUUGGCCACACCUACCAAAAGUCCCUACCAAUUUUUCAGAAUUAAAAAAUUUAGCUGGUAGUGCUGCAGGUUCAGCGGCUUCAGCUGUUGGUACGCUAUAUAGUAAAGCUACUCAGGCUAUUAAAGAUUUAACUGAUGAUCCACCAUCACCCUACGAAGACAGUGAAUCGAAAAAGGACAAGUAAAAAUUAGUUCCUUGAUGAAUUCUUACAUCUGUAGCGCUAACGUGGAUAUACAACAAUUCCCGUACCAAAGGACAGUUGAUAGAUUUUUUUUCUUAAUAUUACCAGAUAUGAUUUUUAUCAGAAACCCAGAGUUAUGAUAAUCUGCGACGAGUAUAAAAAUUAUUAUGUUGAAAAUAAAUAUUAA